GGACUACUUUUUCUCCGCGCAUUCCUCCUUGUUGUGCUUGGGCGGAAACGCGGAUGGCGAUCAGACAUACAACCGCACAUCCGGCCGCCAUUUACCUGACAUCAGGAGAUCGAGGGGUGGAGUUCCCUGUUGUUUCUAUCACAAGCUCUACAUUCCAUAGUACAGCACCAAGAUGGCAGAUGAGGAGCCCCAGGCCAUUGCUGAGGGAGAGGAGCCCGAGGAGACUCCCGGCUACAAGACUCCUGCCAUGAAGAGUCUGGACGAGAUCAAAACCCUGGACGCAGAGGACGAGAGUCUGAACAAGUACAAGAACCAGCUGGGUCUCCAGGAUGUGUACGCGCCAGAAGAUGAUCCUGCCAGAGUUCGAGUAUUGAAGAUGGCUCUAGUUGUGGCUGACCGGCCAGAUGUGGAGUUGGACCUAACUGGAGCGGACCUGAGCACCUUGAAGGACAAGCCCUUUGUAAUCAAGGAGGGGGUGGAGUAUAGGAUGAAAAUCAUCUUCAGGUGCCAACAUGAAAUUGUGACGGGACUUAAGUAUCUGCAAAAUACCACCAGGAAAGGAAUCCCAGUUGAUAAGACCAAGGUCAUGGUCGGUAGCUACCCUCCCCGGAAAGAUGAGCACUCGUACAUGACCCCGGUAGAGGAGGCGCCCUCCGGGAUGGUUGCUCGCGGCCACUACAAGGUCCAUAGUGUCUUCACCGACGACGACAAAAACAAGUACCUGGAGUGGAACUGGGCGUUUGACAUCAAGAAAGACUGGGAGUAACACAUGUGAACCCUGUCUCCAUAACUUACCAUUAGACACAUGUAUGUAGAGUAGUGAGAAGUCUAGUCAUACUCACUUUUUUUUCUUUUUCAAUAUUGAUGUUGACCUCUGAGUUCACCUCCCAAUCCCCCUUGUGUGGCAGUGACCAGCCUAUAUUGGUUUUGAUGUUUAAAAAUAAAACUUUCCUACAUGUAAUCAUUCAAGUUGGAGUUCUCUUUCAUCAGCUAACUCCUCUGUGGAAGGAUUGCUAGGUGAGCUCAGAGGCGGGCAUACCUGUAUAAGCUGUAGGGAGAGUAAGGAGGAAUAAGUGCAUUAAAACAACUGACAAUGAUUGGAGAAGCAAAUUAAUAACUGUAUCAAAGUAGUCACUGAGGCUUUGUGCUUUGCUAAUGUGAAAUUAGGACUGAGGAAUGAUAUUUCUCCCACCAAUGUAGGGAAGCAAAUUAAUAAGUGGUUAUGUUGGUGCAGUCUGCAAGCUAAAGCUUGAAGCAAGCCAAUGUGAUGAGGCUCCCAGCUUUGUGAUCAUGCUGCAGUGCGAAUAGAAACUGCUUGGUGGCGUUGUUGACAAACCUAAUUUUACUGGCACCAAAGCUCUACAUGUCUGCCUUGUGAAGAAACCAAAAUAUUGUCGGAAGUUGCUUUAGAAGUUCUGUUGAAAUUGUGAUACUAUUUGUAAUAAAUAUACAUGCCCACUGCACUAUUUUGUAUCUGAAUCAGGCAUCAGAAUUUUGUAAUGAAAGAUGUAGCAUUCGUCCAUAAUCUCUGCAAAAGUAAGUUUGUAUGGUUUUGAGAGGAUGUCUUUAGAAAGCAAUGAUAUUGUUAUUGUAACAAAGAUUGUAUACAUAGCCUGUAGCAGGAAGCUUUCCUUAUCAAUUAUGAAGCAGUACGGUACAGUGCAAGUUGAUGAUAGUUUCAGACGGUUGCUUUGCUACUUUGUAUGUGUGAACGUGUCUACAUUUAAUGUAGUUUUCUUGUAAUCCAGCUUAGCAACACCAGAUGGCUUUCUAUUUGAAAAAUUGACAUGGGGCUGUCAUAAAAUGUAUUUCCUCUCCUGGGUUGCCUGCUCCUUUCCAUGUUAAGUACUGCAUGGAAAUUGAAAAUGUACUCUCAAUGCCCUGUAGUCACCUAAGGCUGAAGAAAUAUUCCACACUGUUAUAACUACUGAGAUGCAGUCACAUGUAUCAUCUACUGAGAAUUGGAUAGGACUCUUGUCAACUGAAAUUUUCUCCAUUUUUCCUGUGCUUUCAUAAAAGAUUAUUUCCGCAUUCCAUGUUAGUAAUAUCUCUACCUGGUUAAGCUCUCCAGUUGAUUGCAUGGCUCCUGUAUUUGAGUUGACUGCUCCAAAUUCUACAUGCAAACUAGUUCCCCAUUGAAUUAAAGGCAAGUGUCAACAAGAAUUAAUUGAACACUUGUGGUAAGGUCCAGAGAGAGAUAAAACGUGUGAGAGAAAUGGAGAUGUACAUGUAAUUCAUUGGUUAUGCAAGUUGUAUUUGUUGACCGUGAGCUGUCGACUUUCCAUUAAUCCUAUACCAAAUAGGUGCCCAGAUGCCACAGCUUAAUUGUAAGUGAAGUGGAAUAACAGGAAGCAUACAUUAUAAGACAAGUUUUUUCUCCAAUGUUAUUCAAGGAUCUGUUACAUAGGCAGUGAAUUACAUUUAUGAUCUUCCUUGGUGGGUUAUUGAAAAACAAUAUCUUAAAUCUCCCCAACCAUAAUCCGUGUGAUCAAGGAUUUUAACCUCCUUGGUGUGAUGAAACAUUCCUUGAUUUUCAUAAUUUUACUUACCAUUUGCCCCUCUUUCACCUAAUGAACUAUGUCAUUAGGCUCAUUUUUGUACCUAGUGAUAGUUACAUAUUCUUUUACGAUACCUGUAAACCAUAUCCCCAUCUUGCUUUGAAAGAUUCCAUAUAGCACUGCUGAUAGAAGUACUAGGAAUACUCUCCAUGCAGUUUUGUUGGACAAACCUACACGUAUCACCUUUGUCAACACCGCCUCGCUCUACACUAUAGUAUUCCUCUGAUGAGUUAAAAAAAGUGCCAUUCUUCGCUGGACAAACAUGGGUGCUGCAUGUGAGGAUGCGCUCCUUGUGUCAGCACCAAACUGCCAAGCCUGCUAUGUUCUUGUGGUUGUGAAAUGUGUGCUUUUCCUUUCUUUAAAGAGUUGUACAUUCCAGUCAAGUGUUGUGUCAUCCAUGCAUAGAAAGUGAAUCCUGCCUUUGAUAUGGGCAGGCUGAUUGAUAGUCUGGGGUGGGUGCAGUAAAGAUUGCCCAUGCCAUGCAAUGCUAACAACUGGGAUGUGUAUUGUAUGUCACAGUGGGUAGAUCUGUCUAUUUUGCACUGCUAUAUAUUACUAUUAGACACCGGUGGAAUAAAAAAAAAUGGAUAGGCUGCAAAUGUUC